AUGCCCGUUGGGGGGCUCUACGGUGUCACAGAAGCAAUGGCAGAACGGAUAGCCGAUAAAAUGCUCGAACUCAACCAGCGUAACAUCACAGUUUGGCUACGCUGGUGCCACGAAGUUGAGCCACUUCCGCAAUUUCACACUUCUAAACAUAUGCCCUCUCAAAUCGCUCCGCCAAUCCCCAUUUUCAAGAAGAAAUGGAGAAUGGUGGCACAUGCGGUCAAGAGUAAAGCACCAGACACAUAUAUGAUGUGGGCCCCCAAUGCGAGGUACGGCGACAGCAUUCAUUCAAUUCGCGGAGGCUAUACACCAUACUGGCCUGGUGGCGACUAUGUGGAUAUUGCAGCUCUAUCUUUUUAUCAUUUUGGAGGAUCCAGUCGCAAAAACGUAAUACCUGAACCCACCCAAGCUGUAGAGAAACUGAAAGAAUUUUCAAAGUUGUAUGGAAUGAAAGGGAAGCGAAAACCAAUUGUCAUAGCUGAGACAUCAGCACCCUACACGAGAUCUAUGGGUAGUGGUUGGGGGGAUUGGGGAUACGAAUCAGAAGAAAAAAUUAAGUUGGCAUGGCUUAAACAAGUUUUCUCUCCAGCAAUGAAAUAUGCAGUUCCUGAAUUGAAAGCUGUUUCAUGGUUCGAGAUCUACAAGAAGGAGACACCACCCGGGCGAUGGUACCCCAAGUCAGAAGACUUCCGCCUCCUGACAGGGGACACUUCUUUGAGCAGAAAAGCGGCUGAAUAUCUUUCUGCCGAGCCAAAUUGA